AUGAAGUUUGCUUUCGUCUCGACCCUCCUUUGCAUCUUUCUGGCUGUGACGCUAGCGUCCCCAAUAGCGACUCCUGUGGGAGAUGAGUUUGACUUGUCUUUCCUUGAAGAAACUAUUGAGGCCAGGUUGGAUCCCCACGAAUACGAAGCUUUAUCGCAUUUCAUCCAAAAGAGAGACAACGGUUUCGAAAACACAUUCGAGUCUCUUUUAAACAUAGUCAAUGACUCUGGUAUCAUUUGGGCCGUCAUGGAUCAAAUUGCUUACUACCCAAACCGUAUUGAAUUUAUUGCCAACACCACCGCUGGCCUCAUUGGCGGUACCGAGCUUUCGGACAUUGGCGAUUUAUUGAGUGGCUUGAACUUGGAUUUGCUUGAUGUCAAUGUUUCUGCCAUUGUUAAGGCUGUUGGCGACUCUGGCGUUGUUCAGAGCUUGUUGGACGGUAUCUUAUUGGACGAGGACUACAGACCACAUCUUGUGAACCUUGUCUCUAGAGUGUUGAGAAGUCUGAAGAACCUCUUCUUGUGGUUGGUUGAGGACGUCUUUGGUAAUGACAAGAACAAGAGAGAUGAGAGCAGUGGCCUUGAGACUUUUGUCAGCAACAUGCUUUCCACCAUCUUGUCUUCCACUCUUGUCGCCAAUGUUGCCGAGGACUUCCUUACCGCCUUGAACAAUACCCAGUUCCUCACUUACAACGUUAAGUACUUCCUUGCUAACGAGGGAUACCAGAACAUGACUGCUCAGCUUUUCAUUGAUGUCAUGAACACCGGUGCUGUCAGCCUUAACGGAACCUCGCUCAAUAUCACUAGUCUCACUGAGAGCCUUUUGAGUAAGCCAGAGGUGAUCAGCGGUGCUGUUGGUUUCUUGCUCUCUGGUAACCUUAACCUUGGUGGAUUGGGUAAGUACACUGAUGCUAUCGGUGAAAUCGUCAAGGGCGUUGAGAAGGAAGGCACUUUUGCUGAGUUGAACGAAUAUGUCUUCUCCGAGUCCCACACUGUCUCUAAGCCUUUACUUUACACUGGCCAAGUCGUUGUCCCAAGAACUGCUUCAUUCACUCUUGGUGGUAUUGGUGGCUUCAACAAUGCCAGCAAAACUACCAGUGGCUCUUCAAAGACUUCAGGCUCAACCAGAGCAAGUUCUUCGCCAACUAUUACCUCUGCUUCCAACACCGGAAACAGCAGUGAUUUCACCUACAACACUUCUGAUGAUCUCAACGAGCUGGAGUCUGCCGCAGAGGUUGAGUCCAUCCUUUCUUUGCUUAACGCCAGCCCAGCUAGCGAGACCAACAGCGCUAGCUCCUCCAGUAGAUCUAGCGCUAGAUCCUCUGGUUCUCUGGCUGGUUCUAGUGUCGUUUCCGAAGCCACCGAUAGCUUGAGCAGAUGGUUCGAGACAUACAGUGCCGGUGGCGAUGGAGAUGUCACCACGACUCUGUCUAGAUCUCGUGCUAGAUCCCUGUCGAGCUCUAGAUCGAGGUCUGUUGUUACCGUUACAGUUGACGAGAGCACGCAGACUAGCUCCAACGGUGGAUUUGGCGGCCUUUUUGUCGGCCUCUUCCAGACUUCGUCUGCUGGUGACUUCCAGCGUAGAGAAGUGUCCCAGGAUUCCGGCGCCUCUGUUAAGAGUGUGCCCAUGUUCUUGGUUUACUUGCAGGUUUUGGUGUUUGGCGGUGUUCUCAUGCUUUAA